AAACUUUCCCGACCAGUCUAAGAAACGAGUCUAGAUCGAACGGCGUUCGGUACUUGCGAAGGGCUUUGCGGGUGAUUCAUGACGGAAAUGAUUGUGGUGUUGAUCGCGUUAGUGAUUGUGUUCGUUGUAGCAAAAUAUGUCAAGUACAGACAGGCCAUUUCCUUUACGAAAGAGCUACCGACAGUUGAGCCGUGCUAUCCGAUUAUCGGCAAUGGAUUGAUGUUUCUUGGGAAAAGUGAUGAAGAGCGGUUUCAAAAUUUCGCUAGUGCCUUAAGUCAUCCCGCAAAGUUGUUUCAACUGUGGCUCGGAGUAGUGCCGAUGAUUUGCACAAAUGAUCCUAGUAUGGCGCAGAAAAUUUUGAACCAUCCGGAUUGUCAAGAGAAACCGUACUUUUACGAUUUCUUCAAGUUGGACUAUGGACUGUUCUCGGCCCGCUAUCACGUUUGGAAAAGCCAACGGAAGGCACUGAACCCAACAUUCAAUCAGAAAAUUUUGAACGAAUUUAUUCCAAUUUUUGACAAGUGUGCACAGAACACGGUUAACAAUCUAUACAAAUGUCCGGAGGGUAAACCGUUUCUAAUCGCACCUUACAUGUUGGGCUGUGCACUGGAAAUGGUUUGUGCAACCACUUUCGGAGUGGAUAUUACCAAGAAUACGGAAGCGGAUACGUUUAUGAAACUAAUUUCAAAGAUUUUCCAUCUGGCUUCGAAGAGGAUUCUCAGUCUUCAUUUCCAUUCGGAGAUGAUCUAUCGGUUGUCUAAAGACUACAGAGAUGAUGUUAAACUGAGGAAGGAGGCAUAUCGGAUAGCUAACCAAAUAAUUCAGGAUGCCGUCAAUCGCAGAGCUAAUCAAUCAUCAAACUCGGAAAACAGUGACACUGAAAGCGAUGGUUACCGCAAAGCACAAAUUUUUGUCGAUCAGCUGCUAGAUUCCCAGGACGGUAGGAAAUUCGAAGACAUCGAGAUUAUCCACAACGUGUAUACGAUGAUCGUAGCGGGCAGCGACACAACCGGAACGGAGAUGAGCUAUGUCGCGCUGUUGCUUGCAAUGCACCCUGACAUGCAGGAGAAAGUGUACAACGAAAUAAUGGAUGUGUUUCCAUCCAGUUCGAGUAUGGUGUUCACUCCCGAAACUCUGCGACAAUUGCAAUACACCGAAAUGUUUCUGAAGGAAUGUUUGCGGUACCUUCCAGUUGGUCCACACAUCAUGAGGAAACCGAUGAAGGAUGUGGAUCUGGAUGGAGUGGUGAUACCCAUGGGAACUAUUCUAUGUGUCAGCAUAUACAACGUCCAUCGACGGAAGGAUGUCUGGGGUCCGAAUGCCGAUAAGUUUGAUCCGGAACAUUUCUCGCUGGAGCAAAAUGAAGGACGUCAUCCGUUUGCGUUUCUACCGUUCAGCGGGGGCAAUCGGAAUUGCAUUGGUUCUCGCUACGCCAUGAUCAGCAUGAAGAUUACAUUGGUUCACAUACUGAGGAAUUUUAGACUAAAGACCAAUGGGAGACUCGAAGACUUGCGGUACCAAUUUGAAUCCCUGCUGAAGCUCUCUAAUGAACCGGGAAUAUCUCUAGAGCAUCGUUCUAGUGGGGUUUCUUCAACUUCUACUACUUCCGUAAAACUAUUAGCUGAAAUACCCGGACCACGAUGCUACCCGCUGAUAGGCAACUCAUACUUAUUUUUCGGAAAAAAUCAACGCGAUACUUUUGAGAUCGUCUGUAAACAUUUUUCCCAAUUCCCAACAAGCUUCAAGUACGAUUUGGGCCCGAGGAGACUGAUCUGCUUAUCCGAUCCUGAUCUUGUCCAGCAAGCACUAACCAACGCAGACUGCCAGAAUAAACCGUACAUGUACAAGUUCCUUGCCGUUGACAACGGGCUGAUAGCGGCGUCCUACGCAGACUGGAAGCUUCCCAGAAAGCUGCUUAAUCCCGCCUUCAAUCAGAAGAUACUUGUCGGAUUCGUACCCAUAUUCGAGCAGUGCUCGAGACCAAUGAUUCAACGGAUGUCCGUUCACGACCGAGGGGCUGAAUUUGACGUAUACCAGUACGCUUCCCGCUGUACAAUGGAAAUGAUCUGUCAAAGUUCACUCGGGAGUGAUGCGGCUGUUCAGCCUCGAACACUGGAGUUCUGUUCGCAUCUGGAAGAGUUGUUGGCUUUACUCGCUCAACGAUGGUUUCAUCCGUUAUUACAUAACGAUUUAGUGUAUAGUUUGACGGCUAUGUUUCGCCGAGAGCACGGACUGAGGAAGAAAAUGCGUAGCUCCAUUGAACCGGUAAUCGCUGAAAAACGUGAACAAAUGAGGCGGAAGAAAAAUGCUACAAUUGAUUGUUGUGAGAAGGAAUUCAAUCGGAAACCAAUGAUUUUUGUGGAUCAGCUUCUGUCUAUGGAACGAGAUGGACAGGAACUGAGUUUGAAGGAGAUCGAAAAUCAUAUUGAUACAAUAAUAGCUGCGGGCAACGAAACGUCCGCCUUGCAAACGUCCUACACCUUGCUACUACUCGCCAUGCACCCCGAAGUGCAGCAAAAAGUUUUCAAUGAAAUUCAGGAAAUCUACAAAUCCUCCAACGGGAAGCUAUCGUACGAAUCGCUUCAGCAUCAACGCUACCUAGAGCUAGUAAUCAAAGAAUCGAUGCGCCUAUUUCCGGUGGCCCCGAUCAUAGGUCGUGAAACUAUACAUCCCGUCCAGCUGGGAGAUACAGUGGUCCCAGCCGGCAUUACCUUGCUGAUGAACAUCUUCGUCCUUCAUCGUCGUGCGGAUCUCUGGGGAACGAAUGCGGAUCGCUUCGAUCCGGAUAGGUUCCAAGAAGAGAACUCAACAGGGCGGCAUCCCUACAGUUACUUACCGUUUGGCGGUGGACCUCGGAUAUGCAUUGGCUACCGAUAUGCGAUGCUUUCCAUGAAGUCGAUGAUAACGCAGGUGGUCAGAGAAUAUCGACUGGAAACAAGGAUGCGCCUGGAAGAUAUUCGGCCUUCGCAUGAAAUUACUUUAAAACUGCCAGAAGGGAUUCUGAUUAGUGUUGCAAAACGGGAAUAG